AGAAACCUUCUCAGGAAUGCUCCAUUGAAAUCCGCGCGCCGGCAGAAAAACAAAAUUGUGGGCCGCCAAACAGGGCCGCUUAUCAGAUGGUAACUUUCUCAGGACAGUUUUAACGGCCGUCGCUUUGUGCGAUCCCGGAGCGGCGGUCUCCUCCGCCCGCCGUUCGCCCUCUCCCCUCUGCGGUUCUCACACCGCCCGGCCGCCCGGCCCCUGGAUUCAAAUCCGCUGGCUAACUGCGUGGGAAUCCGCGGGGCGGCGCUGCGGUCGUUUUCCCACGCCGGCCGCCCUGUUGACACGGAGCGCAGUCUGGCGGCCGCUGGCGGCGGCAGUAGCAGAGCGAGCGCAGAGAGGUGAGGACGUGCCAGCUCCGGGGACCACGCCUCGUCCCGACACGGCUGAAAAGUGAUCAGAGCGGUGACAGAGAGCGAGACACAGCCGGGUGAGAAGCGCCGGUGAGCUGCGCGCGCCACCGCCGCCGCGCCGCACCAUGACGGACCUGUACUGGCCGUACCCCGACUCGCCCGACUCGUGCGUGUCUGCCAGCUCGUGUUCGUCAGUCUCCGAGAUGAGCGUCUCGCCGGCGCCGUCGCCACGCCAGUCGGACGCCGCCGACCCGGAGACGGACACAGACGCCGAGACCAAGAUCAAGACGGAGGUGAAGGCGGAGCCGGAGCCGGUGCUGACCAAGGCGGAGCCCGUGUCGCCGGCGGCGUCCGAGACCAACGCCAACUCGCCGGCGGCCAGCUGGAGCUCGGAGCGGCUCGACAACGCUGACUGCGCGCUGCGGACAGUCACCUCGUCAGUGAGCGUGCACUACCCGCCGAACCCGUACCGGCGGCCGGACCCGUACCGCGCGCCGGCCGGCCGCAGUCGGCGCCGGCGGCCGCCAGUGACCCCGGCCGCCGCCGCCGCCGCCGCCGCGCCGGACGCCGCCGAACAGCGCCGGUUCCGGCGGGCCGUGGGCGCCGGCGACUGUGCAGCCGUCCGCCAGAUGCUGGCCGACGGGGCGCGCGUUGGACUCAACAGCAUGGACGCCGAGGGCUGGACGGCGCUGCACCGGGCCGUGCGCAGCGGCGACCUGGAGCUGGUGCGGCUGCUGGUCGGCCACGGCGCCGACUUCCGGCUGGCCGACCGGGACGGCUUCAGCCCGCUGCACAUGGCCUCGUGGGCGGGCCACAGUCAGCUGGUGGUGUACCUGCUAGGCCUGCAGCGGUGACCGCCGCCGCGCCGCCCCUCUAGUCCGCCCUCUGUGUGUGCAAUCCAGCGCCGCCGCGCCGCCGCCGUGGCGGUUUUCCUCGCAGCUGCCCGGCUGUGUGUGCCAGUAUAGGUAGUACAUUCCCGCCGGCCCGGUCCGGUCUGAGGCUGGAAGGCCGCCGGCCGGCCCAGCCAAGAUGGCGGCGCCCGGCCGCGCCGCCGCCGGCCCCAUUCCAAUGUGCUCGCGCCCGGCCGCGGGCGCGCGGCGCGCUCAGUGUUGCUCUUGUGCCAUGUCUUGUUGAUGCGCUCGUAUGUUACGGGCCGCGCGGGAGGCGCUCCCUAGGGGACCCGCAGGCUGACCGGCUGAAGGACCUGCAGGUACGACCGCCAAGACUGGUGUUCGCCGAGUGGCCUCUACCGUCUACCUCGAUUUUAUUAUUUUCUUCUCAGGAAGGCGCCAAGCGUACCCAAGUAUUAUUCUUGUACUUGCUUAUUUGCGUGUAGAUGAAUACAUGUUUGUAUAUUGUU